AUGUCUAUGCGUUUGUUAUUUGUCGUUUUGUAUACUUUCGUUCUUUGGAAAGUGGUCCAUCUUGAAAAUGCAAGUGAAGUUUAUUUCGAACCAAAGUCAGUUCAUCUUCAGUCAGGUGGCUUCAGAAAAAUAUACAUAGGAUUAAAGGGUACAGCAGAACAUGAUAUUUUUCUUGAGUUUCAAUAUUGGGACCGAAAUGGCUCUGUAAUUUCACUAAAAGAACCAAAUCAUUCUGUUAUUCGGCCCGUUAAUAACGUAACCAUAAGAAAGAUGCAAUCGGAACCUUCGAAUUUCACCGUUUUUGCGAAAACACCUGGUUAUAUAUACUUGGGAAUAAAGCCUGCUCCAAACGUAAACAUUGUGAACGCAGGUAAACCUAUUUUUUCUGUAACUGUGGUGCAUUUUCAUUGGUUAAAUACAUUUCAAAUUGUGAUUGGCUGGAUUUAUUUUGCCGCUUGGACAGUUUCAUUCUACCCUCAGUUCUUUUUGAACUGUAGACGAAAAAGUGUGGUUGGAUUCAAUUUCGACUUUGCUGUGUUGAAUGUGAUCGGAUUUUUAUUCUAUAGUAUCUACAAUAUUGGUUUAUACUGGAUCCCACUUAUUCAGGAUCAAUAUUUGCAAAGAAAUCCUUUGGGAUCAGUACCAGUACUAGAGAAUGAUUUGGCAUUUGCAUUUCAUGCAUUUCUAAUUUCUUUAUUAACAGCUUUACAAAUAUUAUGUUACGAGCGUGGUGGUCAACGUGUAUCAAAGACAUGUAUAGGAAUAAUAAUAUUAAUCAUUAUCCAUACGAUAAUUGUUUGUAUAUUAGGCGGAGUUCAUUACAUGGAAUGGUUAGAUACGUUCUACUUAUUAUCUUAUGUUAAACUAUUUAUCUCAUUCAUUAAAUAUGCACCUCAGGCUUUAAUGAAUUUUCGUCGCAGGAGUACAGUUGGUUGGAGUAUAGGUAAUAUUAUAUUAGAUUUCACUGGAGGGAUUCUAAGUAUUGCACAAAUGUUGAUUAUAGGAUACAAUACGGAUGAUGUUAGUAGUAUAACUGGAUCACCAAUCAAACUUGGAUUAGGUAUUUUAUCGAUUGGAUUUGAUAUUUUAUUCAUGGUACAACAUUGGUGUUUAUAUCCAUCAUCAUCAUCAACAACAACAACAGGAUCCUUUUCAUCGUCAUCAUCAUCAGUAACUCCUUCAUCACAGUCAUCAUCAGAGAAACCAAACAAAUCUGAAAAAGCGUAAUCUUAAAGUAGAAGUAACACAAUAAUACUAUUGGAAAUAUUAAUUUUAUAUGCAAAUGAAACAGAGCAUCUAUUUCAUAUAUAUAUAUCUUUCCUCUUUUCCUUGCUUUGAUUGAUUUUCAACUUUUAGGUUGUAUUUUGUUUUUCUUCUAUCUUUAAAAUCCAGUUUUCUUUUGAAAAAAAAAGAAAAGAAAACUUGUUUUCAUCUUUACAUGAUAAACAACUUGAUCAAAGUACAUUUUUCUUUUUUGACGCUUAAUCCAUUUCUAAUUCAGGUACUUGAUAAAAUUCUAUUCUAUUUUACAUGUACUAUGCUUUGUAUAAAUGAAGUUUAUUGAUUUAUUACUAUUUUUUUUUUGUAAUUAAUAUUUUGUUUUUAAUUAAUUUUUAUGAAUGAAUGAAAUAGAUUUCAUUGAAUU